AUGAAGCUUCUGAAGGACUAUGACAUCACUAUUCUCUAUCAUAUAGCUGAUGCCUUGAGUCGCAAGGCAGUGAGUAUGGGUAGUUUAGCCAAAUUGGUUGCUUCUGACCGUCCGUUAGCCAGGGAGGUUCAGACUUUGGGUAACAGUUUUGUGUGCCUUGAUAUCUCAGUUCUGGAUAGAGUCUUGGCUUGUGUUGAGGCGAGAUCAUUCCUCUUGGAGUGGAUUAGGGCCCAGCAGUUUGAGGAUGCCCAGUUGUGUAAGAUUUGUGAUAAGGUUCUGAGAGGUAAGGCCAUGCUUAAGGGUAUUCUGAGGAUCAAGGGACGCGUAUGCGUUCCUCGUGUUGGUGAUUUGAUUUGUUUGAUUCUGGAGAAGGCCCAUAGUUUCAGAUAUUCUAUUCAUUCGAGUGCUAUGAAGAUGUAUCGACAUCUGAGGCAGCACUACUGGUGGGGAAGGAUGAAGAGAGAUAUUGCAGAUUUUUGGCUAAGUGUGGGAAUUAUCAGCAAGUCAAAUAUGAGCACCAGAGACCUGGUGGGGUACUUCAGAGGAUACCCAUUCCCGAGUUGA